UUGCAGGUCAAGUUAACAAUUGCGGGCGGCUGCCGAAACCAAGAAGAUUAUGCACGUGUCAAAGCUUUGAAGGACUUAUGUGCUGAGUGGGGCUUAACUUCGAAUGUGGAAUGGAAACUCAAUGUAGCUUACGAGGAACUGCUUGACUUACUUUCGCUGAUUAUUGCUUCAGGUGGUCCCCAAAUGGAUAUUGUAUUACCUAUAGAUGGCAAAAAAGAGACACAGCCGAUAGGCUUCCUUGCAGCUACCAAAGAGGAGUAUGUGAGACUUGUACUGCACAUUGUGGAAAUGUCGCGGCUAGAACGUGACGCUGUGCGAGAAGCUGCUCGAGCGUCAGUAAAUAGAUUUAGUGAGAGGGAAUUCGAACUAAAAUGGAAUGCUGCUAUCGAGCCAUUAUUGGCGUAA